UUCCAGUUUCAACAAAACUUUCGUAGUUCAAAAAUUUAUACUCUUAUUAUCAAAUUUUAUCAAUGGUAACAAACGAUGAUGAGCAGCUUGAACAGCAGCGAAAAUUAUGGCACAGAUUGUUUAAAAUGGACAAAUUUCGCGUUGUCUUACGAUUACCACGGAAAUAUCGGCAUCAUCGUUGGAAUGCUAUUCGUACGUUAGGUGAUGGCGCAUUUGGUGAAGUUCGUUUAUUGGUAGAUUCAAAAAAUCCAGAAACAGUGGUAGCUGUGAAAUGUAUGAAUGCAAAUGCAUUAGGAAAGGAAGAAGAAUUGUUUAAAAAACUACGUCGAGAGGCGUUUAUCAUGCGUAUAUUCCGCAAUUCUGAACAUGUCAUUCGUUACAUUGGAAUGCGUUAUGACGAGGGACGUAUUGAAAUGUUUCUCGAAUAUGCUGAUGGAGGCGAAUUGUUCGAUCAUAUCGAACCGGACAGUGGCAUGCCAGCGUGGAAGGCGCAGAAAUUUUUCCGACAGAUUAUUGCUGGCUUGAAGCAUAUUCAUUCAAUGGGUAUCGUACAUCGCGAUAUCAAGCCGGAAAACCUAUUACUUAUGAAAAAUGGUCAAUUAAGAAUUUGUGAUUUUGGUCUAGCAACAAUAUUUCGCCAUAAAGGAGUGGAAAGAAAACUGAAAUCUAAAUGCGGCACAGUACAGUAUCUUUCUCCUCAGGUGUUAGCGUCAAAUUACAGAGGUGAACCAUCUGAUGUAUGGUCUUGCGGAAUUGUACUCAUUGCAAUGCUUACUGGUGAAUUGCCCUGGGACGAAGCGACUAAAACUUCACAUCCUUACAAACUUUGGCUUACGCAAUAUGAUUGGAGACAUUAUCCACCUUGGGAUAGACUUUUUGGACCAAUAACAAAUUUGUUACGAAAGAUGCUGGAUGUCUGUGAGCGGAAACGAAUCAAAAUUCCGGAUAUUGAAGAACAUGAAUUUUUCCUAGAGAAGAUAAAUUAUGAAAUCCCAAGUGCCAAAGCCAUGAGGGGAACUAAGAUACGAACAAUUGAAACUACAAAUGUCGCAACUCUUCCACCGAAAGCCGUUAAUAUCGCACCAACUUGCGAAAAUCCAGCAAAUUUGAAGGGAAAUAGCGAAGCUGCAGGACUGCCAAACUUGUUAGAGGAGAUGGCAGUUGUGGAUCAAAAAGAGCCUGAUCUAAAGAAGGUCAAACUUUCAACUUCUACCAAUAUUGAAGAGAGGUUGGAAUUACCAGUCAGUGCAGUUUCUCAGCCGGUUCCAUCUUGUAGCAUUUCGCAAACAAUAAGGGAAUUACGAUUGGACGCACUGACUGGUAAUUUCUUUUCACAGCCUGUUGGUGUAGAACUGUUGACACAGAUCGACUACGAUAUCAGUCAGCAUCCGUUGACACUCCUAGCGCGUCGUAUGACACGUUUCUGUGUGACGAAGCGAACAUAUGAAAUUAUGUCAAUCAUCAAAGAAAGAAUGGAUCUCCAAUUUACAUGUGUGCAACGUGCACCUAAUACGAUAUCAAUUAGCGGUCCUCGAAAUCAUAUGUGUUAUGUCGCAACAAUUUACGAAAUGAUGGGAGAAGAUGGCAGAAAGGUAAUGGUAGAUUGCCGGCGCUCACGUGGUGAUGGAAUUGAAUUUAAACGAGCAUUUUUGGAUUUAAAACAUAAAUUGCGUGAUGUUAUAUGUGAAUCAGGUAAUACAUGGUUACGAAGGAAGGG